GGCCCCUCAUCCCGGCGAGCGCGGCGGCGGUGCGGGCCAUGGAUUAAGAAGGAGGCGGCGUGGGAGGAGGAAGAUGGCGGCCGGCAAGAGCGGAGGCAGCGCUGGGGAGAUUACUUUUCUGGAAGCUUUGGCUAGAUCAGAAUCUAAGAGAGAUGGAGGUUUUAAAAAUAAUUGGAGCUUUGAUCAUGAAGAAGAAAGUGAAGGAGAUACAGAUAAAGAUGGAGCAAAUCUUCUGAGUGUAGAUGAAGAUGAGGAUUCUGAAACCUCAAAAGGAAAAAAGUUAAAUCGUCGAUCUGGAAUUGUUGCUCCUAGUUCUGGUGAUUUCUUGAAGACAUAUGUAAGACGAAACAAGACUGAAAGUUUUAGAACUUUGAAAGGCAACCCAAUUGGACUUAACAUGUUGAGCAACAAUAAGAAAUUGAGUGAAAAUACACAAAAUGCAUUAUGUUCUGGAACUGUAGUUCAUGGUAGACGUUUUCAACAUGCUCAUGCACAGUCAUCAACAGUAAAAACAGCAGCCCAAAGCAGUCUGGACCGAAAAGAAAGGAAAGAAUACCCACCUCAUGUCCAAAAAGUUGAAAUUGAUCCUGUAAGGUUAAGUCGGCCCCAAGGUGCUGAACGUAUAAUGAAGAAAACAGAAGAGUCUGAAUCACACGUGGAGCCUGAAAUUAAGAGGAAAGUACAACAGAAACGUCACUGUAGUACAUAUCAGCCUACUCCUCCUUUGUCUCCUGCUUCAAAAAAAUGUUUAACCCAUUUAGAGGAUUUGCAAAGAAAUUGCAGACAAGCUAUAACUUUGAGUGAAUCUACUGGACCAUUAUUAAGGAUGUCAAUUCAUCAGAAUUCUGGAGGACAGAAGUCACAAAACACAGGAUUAACAACCAAGAAGUUUUAUGGCAACAGUGUGGAAAAGGUUCCAAUUGAUAUUAUUGUGAAUUGUGAUGAUAGUAGACACAAUUACUUACAGACUAAUGGAAAAGUCAUUUUACCUGGUGCAAAAAUACCCAAAAUCACAAACUUGAAAGAAAGGAAAACAAGCCUGUCAGAUCUAAAUGAUCCAAUUAUUUUGUCCAGUGAUGAUGAUGAUGACAAUGACAGGUCUCAUAGAAGAGAGAGCGUAUCUCCUCAACCUGCUGAUUCAGCAUGUUCUUCCCCAGCACCAUCUACUGGAAAAGUAGAAGCAGCACUAAAUGAAAAUACCUGCAAAGUAGAGCAUGAACUAAGAAGCAUUCCAGUUGACUCAGAGUUAAAUACAGUUACAUUGCCAAGAAAAGCAAGAAUGAAAGACCAGUUUGGCAAUUCUAUCAUCAACACACCUCUAAAACGUCGUAAAGUGUUUUCUCAAGAAACUUUAGUUGAUCCUUUAAGCUGCCAAAAACCCUGUGACAAUGUCAUUUUAAGUUGUCGAAGUAUACGAGUAGGAACUCUUUUCCGGCUAUUAAUAGAACCUGUAGUUUUUUGUUUAGAGUCUAUCAAGAUACAACUACAUGAACCAGAACGUGAUCCUGUAAAGAUUACUUUAAAUACCUCUGAUCUAACUAAAUGUGAAUGGUGUAAUGUCCGAAAAUUACCAGUAGUGUUUCUUCAGGCGAUACCAGCAGUUUAUCAAAAGCUGAGUGUGCAACUGCAAAUGAAUAAAGAGGAUAAAGUUUGGAAUGAUAGUAAAGGAAUGAAUAAGUUAACAAAUUUGGAAGAACGAUAUAUAAUUUUAAUUUUUCAAAAUGGCCUUGAUCAUCAGGCAAAUGUGAUAUUUGAAAAUAUCUUUACUGAGAUUGGUAUAAAGAAUAACAUUUCCAAUUUUUUUGCAAGAAUCACCUUUGACGAAGCCAAUAGCAGACUUGUUGCCUGUACAAAAACCUAUGAAGAGAGCAUCAAAGGAAGUUGUGUGCAAAAAGAAAACAAAAUUAAAACUGUAUCCUUUGAAUCUAAAAUACAACUUAGAAACAAACAGGAAUUCCAGUUUUUUGAUGAUGAAGAAGAAACUGGAGAGAGCCACACCGUCUUCAUUGGCCCUGUAGAAAAGUUGAUAGUAUAUCCACCACCUCCAGCUAAGGGAGGCAUCUCUGUUACUAAUGAGGAUCUGCACUGUCUAAAUGAAGGAGAAUUUUUAAAUGAUGUUAUUAUAGACUUUUAUUUGAAAUAUUUGGUGCUUGAAAAACUGAAGAAAGAAGAAGCUGACCGAAUUCAUAUAUUUAGUUCUUUCUUCUAUAAACGCCUUAAUCAGAGAGAAAGGAGAAAUCAUGAAACAACUAAUCUGUCCAUACAGCAAAAACGACAUGGGAGAGUAAAAACAUGGACCCGGCAUGUAGAUAUUUUUGAGAAGGAUUUUAUUUUUGUACCCCUUAAUGAAGCUGCACACUGGUUUUUGGCUGUUGUUUGUUUCCCUGGUUUGGAAAAACCAAAGUAUGAACCUAAUCCUCAUUACCAUGAAAAUGCAGUCAUACAAAAAUGUUCAACUGUAGAGGACAGUUGUAUUUCUUCUCCUUCAGCCAGUGAAAUGGACAGUUGUUCACAAAACUCUUCUGCCAAGCCUGUAAUUAAGAAGAUGCUAAACAAAAAACAUUGCGUAGCUGUAAGUGAUUCAAAUGCUGGACAGGAAGAAAGUGACUCUCGUUAUCGGAGAAACAUAUGCAGUGUGAAGUGUAAUGUGAAAAAAAUAAAUCAUACUGCAAGUGAAAAUGAAGAAUCAAAUAAAGGAGAAUCUGCAUGCCCAAAAGUUGCUGAUAGGACUAAAAGUGAGAAUGGCCUACAGAAUGAAUGUUUAAGUUCUAUGCCUCAUACAGAUGGCUUAAACAAAAUCAAAGUAAACUAUGAUGAAGAAUCAGCUGUAAGUGGUAAAAUGCUUGAAGAUGAGCUCAUCGACUUCUCGGAAGAUCAGGAUAACCAGGAUGAUAGCAGUGAUGAUGGAUUCCUUGCUGAUGACAACUGCAAUUCAGAAAUAGAACAGUGGCAUUUAAAACCUACUAUCUGUAAACAACCUUGUAUCCUACUUAUGGACUCACUCAGAGGCCCUUCUCGGUCAAAUGUUGUCAAAAUAUUAAGAGAGUAUUUAGAAGUGGAAUGGGAAGUUAAAAAAGGAAGCAAAAGAAGUUUUUCCAAAGAUGUUAUGAAGGGGUCUAAUCCAAAAGUACCCCAGCAAAACAACUUCAGUGACUGUGGUGUAUACAUAUUGCAAUAUGUAGAGAGCUUUUUUGAGAAUCCAGUUCUCAAUUUUGAACUACCUAUGAAUUUGGCAAACUGGUUUCCUCCUCCAAGAAUGAGAACAAAAAGAGAAGAAAUACGAAACAUAAUUCUGAAGCUGCAGGAAGAUCAGAGCAAAGAGAAAAAAAAACAUAAAGACACUUACUCAACAGAAGCAUCUUUAGGCGAAAGAACAGAACAUGUCAGCAGUAUCUCAGAUUGACCAUUUCUGUUGCUUGUCAGUUCUGCCCUCAGAAACUAAAUGACUUUCAACUCUGGGUAUAGACAGUAAAGAACUGAAGUGCUCACUACUCAGAGUGAUUUGGAAAUUUUAAUGCUUGUAAAAAUGUCAUAUAAUUAAUUUCCAAAGGAGUAUGUAUUAAGUAAAAGUCUGUAAAUAUGUUAAUGAGGCCAAUUUUUCCAGCAUUUAUAAUUAUUUUUUUCACUUGUUAGGAAGCUUUUGUUAUGUAUUUUCUGUUAAUAGUACUUAAGAUUGCAACUUCUAAACACAAAAUAAAAAGAAAAUAUUUAUAGGA